AUGGGAACUCUCGCACCGCCCUUUGCGGCGCCAGAGGCCGACGGCAGCGUUGUCAACAGGGAGGACACGAGCACGCCUCUCCCCGUGCUGCAAAACUCUACGGCGUGGGGGCCGCCGACGGUGCCAAGGACACCAGCGAAGCAGCGAAGAACUGUUCACGGAAACCGAAACGAGAUGCGCUUUGCGAAGAUCAGCAGCAGUCAGCGUGAUCCACGGAGCGCUGUAAAGGAUUUCUGCAGGGUCGUUACUUCGAGGAAAAGGCCAUCCGCAGAGCUGUCGCAGUUCAGCGCAUUGCAGUUGGAUGACCCGGACAAUUCCAUGCCGCUUGUCUCACGGGAAGGAAGCAGCGAGGUGCCACGUCGUUGGGGAAGCCGCCCCACGGCGCCGCCUUUUUUUUCAUCCGCUGCUGUGCUUUUCCCAUCUCAAACUCUUUCCUCGCAGGGCGAUUGGCUGCCGCGGCGCGGGCUAAGCGCCUCCGUCAUCCCUGCCACACCAGAGGGAUUGGACUACUCACAAGCCGACACCGAGUACUCCAAUUUCUUUAACCAGCGUAUUUUAACGGACUACCGGGAAAUUAGAGAUUUGGGCUGUGGCUCUUUCGGGAAGGUCACACUUUACGAGGAAACGAGCACAGGGGCCCUGGUGGCGGUGAAAAUGUCACCGCCUUUGACGAAUCCUGAGCAGCGUCAACGUUUUUUGCGGGAAAAGGCGAUCUUGACUCUUGCUCGAGGCUUUCCCCACGUUGUGCAGCUUUCGGAAGCCUGGGAAGAGGGCCGCAUCCCACAGAUGUAUCUUCAGCUGGAGUAUUGCAAAGGCGGCUCUGUGGCUGAAAUGGCGGAUCUGCGGCGAAGGCGCGGGGAACGUUGGGAGGAGCGGGAGUUGUUGAUAUUCCUUGGGCAAAUGGCUCUUGCGCUGGAUGCGUUGCAUAGCGCCAAUAUUGUACAUCUGGACUUUAAGCCAGACAACGUGCUGAUAGACGGGGAAGGAAAUUACAAACUCAGCGACUUUGGCUGCAGCGUCACUCUCAACGACGAGGGCCGCCCACGGUGGUGUUUCAUUCCAAGCAACCAAAGGACGAACAAUGCGUCAACGAUGGGGAACAGUAAUAACAUGAUGGAAUUCACUGCGUUGAGUAUGCCGACUCAAGUUAGCACCAUGAGUGUGGAAGAGGGGGACUGUCGGUAUUUAUGUGCCGACAUGCUUAAUCAAAAACGUUAUCUUAAGGCAGGCGAUAUUUUUUCUUUUGGUAUUUCAGUUUUUGAGCUCAUGUCGGGGGAGCCGUUGCCGCAGCACGGGGCACCCUUCUUGGAGUUGCGCAGUGAACUGCCGAUAGAAGUUCUCGAGCGUCGCGGCUACUCAAGGCCUCUGAUUGACCUCGUAGCCAUGCUGAUGCAUAAGGACCCAACCACACGGCCCACAGCGCGUGAUGUUCUGCGCUUUUUUCAGCUUCCACCGCGCGUUCCGGAGCUGGUCAAAAGGUGGUCUACCGCAGUGGAAACGUGUGAGAACGAGGAGCCAUCGGCAUCGCUGGAGAUGCGAUUUGUGCAUGCCGUACUUGAAGUUUCUUUGCGGCUGGUGGAUCUUGCACGCCGGGCCAUUGACGGGGCAUCCUUGAACAACCAACACCACCACAACAGCGGUGAUGGUGGUGGUGCAAACUGUGCCUUUGGCGGCGGUGCUGUCCGGCGACCUCGUAUUGACGUUGAGGAGUCGUGCACGCCAAAGACGCCAGUGAUCAUCCGCAGGCUGGACGCUGGCUAA